CACUUAAAAUCUUCUAGUUGGUCGAAAUUCGGGGUUAAAAACAAAUUAGAAACCAAGCCGGCUUCUUCUUCUUCCUCCUCCUGCUUUCAUCUCCCCCAAAUCUGAAACAGACCAACCCUAAUUGGGAUUCGAGGGUAUUAUCAGGCUCCAGAUCGUUAGAGCACCUGUAGUACAAUUUAUUCACAUGUCGUCCAACGUGGUCACCGAGGCACACAAGUUUUAUACUGAAGUGAAGCAAAGAGCAAUAACAAAGUUGGUAAAUCCAAAAGGCUUUCUCCAAGUCACAUUAAGAUUCUACAGGCAUUUUGCAACUCAAAGUUGUACUGGUGGUGCUCGAGGACCCGUUAUGUAUGACGUACCAACCGUUAUAAGUGAAAGGAAGAUUAUGAUUCCUAUCUCAGAUGUCAAGCUAGAACCCAGAAGGUGUGAGUGGCCAAAGGUCAUGGCUGAUCAGCUUUCCAGCAUGGGUAUCCCAGAAGCCCAGCAGCCGCAUAUAUUGGAAAAAACAUUUGAGGUGGCUCAAGUGACCAACCCCGAUUUGCGAAUUAAUGUGAUGAUGGUGUACCUGACUGCGUACAGGUUCGACAACUGUAUUGAUAGGGUCAUAACAGAUUCCUUGGAUGCGGACAAAGGGAAGCUUAUCCCUGCAGCUAAAUCAUCCAUCCAGUGCUUAGAGAAAUUGAGACUUGAUAGUUUGGAGUCGGAAGCUAUUAUUAGACAGACGCCAUGUGCUAUUUGCUGUGACAGCCUCGGUCACCUUGAUGCUGGAGAAGAUGAGGCUGUGGCUGUUGAUCAUCAACAGAUGAUAACUCGCUUACCCUGCCAGCACCAUUAUCAUGCAGAUUGCAUUGUCCCGUGGCUGGAGAUCAAUCACUUGUGUCCUUUGUGCCGAUACCCAAUGCCUUUUGCAGGCAAGCCAUGAAAUCUCUAAUGGAGGCUAUGGAAAACCUUCUUUGCUCAACUGGAACAGUUCCCCUGGUAUUAUGACCUAAAGAACUCCUGUAUUUCUUAUGAUGGAGUGUGUUGUUGUAAUCCUUCUGAUUUUCCUAAACUAGUCUCUUCAAAGGCAGGUUUCCAGCCAUCUCAAGUGACAUUAUGGUGAAUGAGAUAGUCUUGGCCUUCCUGGUUUCACUAGAAAUGCCAUGUAUUGCACUGGUUUUUCUUGACCUUUGCUUUUAUUUUAUAGUUUUUCUUGUCACACUCCUAAAUUUGAUUCUUUAAUUAGUCAUGCCUGCUUAAUUAAGCAAACACUUGUUUAUGGGCUGAAUGCGGACGGAGACCAAUUAGUUGAUUUUUUUUUUUUCCUUAUUUUAGCCAUUAUGCAGUUUGGUCAGCAUUUCAGAUGCAGCUUACAACCUUGGAACUUUAUUAUUACUUCUCUGAUUUUUGCUUA